AUGUCUUCUUUUAAAUCUGAGUUGAAUGAACUGUCAACCUCGGUGCAGCAUGUUUCUGCUAUGUUGGAUACCUCUAACGUAUUAAUGAAUGAAAUUAAGAGACAGUUUGCCGAAUUACAAAAAGAAAAUCAAAUGCUUAAAGCUAAUAAUGUAAUUUUGAGCAGAGAAGUUGGGGAUUUGCGUGAGCGGAUUAGAAACUUGGAGCAAUACUCGAGGGUGAAUAAUAUCGAGAUCAGCGGUGUACCAGCAACAAGGAACGAGGAUAUCAGCGUGUUAGUGGCGGACGUCGGAGCAGCAAUAGGAGUAGAAGUCCAGGAGAUGGACAUAGCCGCCGCGCACCGUGUACCUUCCUUCAGAAAAGACCGGGAGCCGUCUGUCAUCGUACAGUUCAAGACGAGAGGCACUAAGGAGCAGUGGAUCGAAAAGUCAAGGCAAAAGAAGAAUUUGACGGCUAGAGAUGUCAAUCAGCACUUCCCUGUUCAGCGAAUCUUCAUCAACGACCAUCUCUCGCCGGAGAACAAACAGUUCCUCGCGAAACUCAAACAGAAGGGACGGGAGCUCAGCUACAAGUUCGUAUGGUGCCGAGACGGCAAGUUUUUUAUUCGGAAAAGUGAGGGAGAACCGGUGAAGAAAAUAAACUCUUAUGCAGACAUGGACUCACUCAAAUAA